UGAGAAUAAACUUCAGCCCCACUCCCCCCGCAGCUCCUCGGUGGGCUGCCUUCUUGAAACGGGUUCAGGGAAGUGUUGAGGGGGCGGAUUGUCCUGAUUUUCUCUACAUCGCGCUUAGCCAAUAACUGUUGUGCACAUCUCAGCUGGCAGACAUUUAAAAGGGAGACAGUCCGGCGCUGAAGCAAUUUGUAUUAAACCCCCUGGCCCCUGCAUAUGGAGCGGCUUGUCUCGCACCCAUCCACUGUCCCACCAGAGCGCAGACUGCUGUAGGUGCAGCAAAGGACUGAUAGGAUCACGUCAUCUCUCCUGGAGCGUCGGAUACAUUCAGGAUGGCCAUCUCAACGCGCAUUUUCUGCAGUAUGGUUUUCAUCAUUGGCUUGCUGUCCUCUCCCGCGGAUUCAAAAAGAAACCGAGGCUCGCAAGGGGCCAUUCCUCAUCCUGACAAAAGUAACCCAAACGAGUCCGAGCAGCAACCGCAGGCUCCGCAGGCGGGCUCUGGGUCCCGACAGAGGUCGGGCUCGUCCUCACCGACCGACGAGGUGCUGGAGUCCAGCCAGGAAGCUUUAUACGUGACGGAGCGCCAGUAUUUGAAACGGGACUGGUGCAAAACGCAGCCUCUCAAGCAGACGAUCCACGAGGAGGGCUGCGUUAGCCGCACCAUCAUCAACCGCUUCUGUUACGGACAGUGCAACUCCUUCUAUAUCCCCAGGCACAUCCGCAGGGAGGAGGGCGCCUUCCAGUCCUGCUCCUUCUGCAAGCCGAAGCGAUUCACCACCAUGACUUUUACCUUAAACUGUCCGGACCAGCAGCCCCCUACCAAGAAGAAGCGCAUCCAGCGCGUCAAACAGUGCCGCUGCAUCUCCAUCGACCUGGACUAAACUGGUCACGUGCUUUAUUUUUAUUCUUGGACAGAUCUGUUCUGAGAGCAAGUGUCUGUCUCCAUCUGGAGAUGAAUUCUGCAUCCAAAAACCUGUUGGAAAUUUCUCCUCUUGCACAGAAACGGAAAGAGUGCAUUUAACUCCUCAUUAGAUUUAGGAUCACGCUGCACGGAAAAGGCUGAUGCUGAAACAGGCACAUUUUACGCACGACUUCCUCACCUCACAGAUAACAAACAGGACUGCAAAGCCUUGGUUUUAUUUAACGAUUCACCUUGUUUUUUUUUUAAACCUAAUCUGUUAUUUUUCUCGUUAUGUUUGUAGAACUGAUGUUUCCACUGUGUGGAAUUUUUUUUCUGACGAAUGAAUUCAUGAAAAUGUGAUUUUUAUUUCGACAUUUCAAGAAUCUUUUAAGGUUAACCUAAUUGAUUUCUGUGAAUUUCGAAGUUUUUGGUAUAAUUUUCUCCUUUUUUGAUUAUAUUAUUUUUUUGUAAUGGAAUUUCUUUAAUAGCCCAGAGAAAAAAAGAAUCAAGUUUAUGGAAAAUGUACAGUUUUGGUUUAGUAUUGGGACUAAAUAGUUGUGAAACGUAAAUGUCUUUGAUUUAAUCUUUUUUUUAAAUCUUUUGAUUAAAUUAUCUGUGAAAACUCAAUAAACUGAUGCUGCAAA